UGAAAUCUCCAAAAACAAAACUUGGUCGAAAAUGUUUGUGACGAGACCUCUCUCUUUAUACUAAAAGUCUCCUGCUCUUUCGGAGCCUCCUCCUAAGGGUCCAAACUCUGGGAUUAUUGUCGUUCAAGAUGAGGAAGCCCAUCCCAAAUGUUGUUUUGGUCUAAAGAAGAGCGACGGGAUUAAGAGACUUCCUCUUCCUCAGAACAAAAAGCUUGAAAUUUAUUACGCCCAAGGCUUCUCAAGUGACAGAGAUCUCCAUUUUCACAGUGUCUUGUUCAUUCCAGUUCUUGGUCAGCCACUAUCGUCUAACAAAUACUAUGCUGCACAUUCAUUUUGGAAAGACAGAGCCAAGUCUAACAAACGAACACCCUUUUUGAAUAAUCUCCAGGGAAGCUUUCACAUGCUGCAAAGAAGAUGAGUUGGAAACCUCUUGCUUUUACGAAUACGCUCCAGAGACUCGACCACAACAUUGGAUCCCCAUAAUGCGUUUCAGCAAAUGGAGCUUUCUCUUCAUGGAAGAUAUCUGACUCCUUGGGGGUAGUGAAUUCAAAGUAAAUUAUGUAGCCUUAGAUGGGGAACUACAUGUUCUAUGAGAUGACAGUUGAAGAAAACUGGGAAUUGAUAUAUAAAAAGGAAUAUAAUAACAAUGGAGGAGGGAGUUCUGUGGUUGUGGAUGUUGUUGUUCAGAAAGAAAUGGUUGUGGUUGGAGGUGAGGAAGCUGUGGUUGAUGACAAGUUUGUAGCUGAUGGGGUUUUGUGGUUUAGAAGUAUGAAUUGUGAUGAAGAAGAGACCAGUGUUGGGUUGAAUUUAGCUGUUUAUGAGAGAAUGAAACGGGAGCAAGAAAGGGUUGGAUGGGUUAAGGGGAAAGAAAAGGAAGUGAGAGUACAAAGGACAGAGGAAUGUGGAGGAUCAAUGGGUUGGAAGAGAUUUGGGUGUUAUGUAUUGAUUGAAAGGUUUGUUUUGAAAAGAAUGGAAGAAAGCGUAACACUUAGCCAUGAGUUCAGGCACUCUCAUGUGAUUAGGACCAAGUGGGAAUGAUUAAAGCAGAGAUUUGGAUGUUAACAUUAUCUGUUUGUGUUGGUACAAGUGUUUUGCUUUUUUCAAUUAUCACCACAGCAUGUCGGUUUUCUGCGUGCUUAAGUAUAUUUUUUGCAAUACUACAAGAAAACUUAGUGUAUUCUUUAGGUAUUAUUAUUGUUUAGUAAUUUGGCUACAAUAUUGUUGAUUUGAAUUUUUUUCAUUGUUCCUUUAGAUUGUAGAUACAAAAUUUUUGUAAUUGUAUUGUUGAUGAAUAUUAGAAGAUUGUUUAAGAUUCUUUCAUUUAUAAAUGCCUUUUUUUUUUUUA